UGCCUUGCUGCAGAACCUGCCGAUCAUCCAAUAAGGGCAUGGGAGGGAAGAUACCGUCUAUCCAUCCACCCUAUCUGUUGGAUUAAUCGAGUUGGAGUCUGAUGUUGUUCAAGGUUGGGGAUUUAUCCCUUCAUUUUAUCAGCUAUUAGAAGCUGGAGUCCGUGCAUGUCAGGCUGGGAAUGAGCCUGUGGUGUCAACUUGUAAUUUAAACAGUUGUCUGAAUGGAUCCAAACACGCCACAUGACCUUGGUGGUACGACGGACGUUCCGUGUGUGGGACACGGAAGAGCACUGCUAGGACGUUGUAGAGCGCUGCUGCCAUCUACACGAGGGCCUAGUGUGGGACGAGCCAGAGGUUUUUUUGCCACUGGCGAUACACACCAAGGAGUAACUCAGCCUUCUGAUGAACCAGUGUUUGGUCGAGCAAGAGGGCUGCUGGUGCAGCCUGAUGAUGGAGGAGGUGGCCAAGCCAGAGGGCUUCUCCUUCCAACAAAGGAACCAAAGCUAGGGUUGGCAAGAGGUGCAGUCCUGCCUAAACUGGAGCCACAGCAAGGACAGACAACUGUGUGUGAAACCACGACCCAACAGCUUACAGAAGAGACCAUCGCAACAAAAGAGGUUGACAUCCCUACCCAUGGUAAACCAUCAGUACUAGUCUCAAUGUUCGCAGAAAUGGGUAUUGAGCCCUCAGUAACCCCAUGGGGAAGAGGAACACUGACCGUAGGAAGAGGAGCAUCUGGGCAUUCUGGAGAUGUGAAGAUGCAAGGUACCCCAGUAGGUUUCAUGAGCAGCCCAUGGAGCUUCAGCAAGACUGAAGAAGUGAUAGGCAGAGGCAGCAGAAGUUUGUUUCCUCAUACGAUGGCAGGACUUGGAAGAGCAGCGAAGCCUCCGCUUGGAGCAGCAAGAGGAUGUGCUCUGCCACCGUCUUUUUCUCCAGGGUCUGUCAAGUCCUUUUGCCCAGCUUCUGAGCAACAAGCAGCCAUACACUCUCAGACUUCCCACCCAGGAACCAUGUCCAUGUCCGCCACUGGAGAGGUGCUGGAGUUGUCCACGGCUGCACCUGCAAAGAUGGAGCUGCAAAUGGAAGCAGGCCAUGAGGCACCUAAUAAGGCUGGAAUAAAAGGAAAUCCAAUAACUAUUGGCUCAAACCACAUCCCGAUUUGUUGCACGAAUGAAGCUGUUUAUCAGUAUCAUGUAACAUACACCCCAAAUGUUGAAUCGAUGGCGAUGCGUUUCAGCAUGAUGAAAGAUCACCGCUCGACCACAGGGGACGUAGUAGCAUUUGAUGGCUCCAUACUGUACCUGCCUGUUAAGAUGGAUGACGUGGUUGCUCUCAAGAGUCUGAGACGGACCGAUAAUGAGGAAAUACAAAUCAAAAUUCAGAUGACAAAGAUUUUGCCACCCAGCUCAGAUCUAUGCGUCCCGUUCUACAACGUGGUGCUCAGGAGGGCAAUGAAAAUCAUUGGACUGAAGCUGAUGGGUCAAAGUCACUACGAUCCAGCAGGCGCAGUUGUUCUUGGAAAACAUCGGCUGCAAGUGUGGCCAGGCUAUUCAACCUGCAUCAAGCACACAGAUGGAGGCCUGUACAUGUGUGUGGAUGUCUGUCACAAAGUGUUGAGGACUGACUCUGUGAUGGAUGUCAUGAACAUUUUGCACCAACAAAGCAAAGGCAAGUUUCAAGAUGAAUGCACCAAAGAACUCGCUGGCAGCAUCGUCAUCACCCGCUACAACAACCGCACCUACCGUAUUGAUGCCAUUGAGUGGAACAAGUCACCCAAAGACACCUUCACUUUGAUGGAUGGCACAGAAACCACCUUCGCGGAGUACUACAGCAAGAAUUAUGGGAUUACGAUCAAAGACAUGGACCAGCCUCUGCUCGUACAUCGGCCGAAGGAAAGGUCUAAACCAGGCGGCAAGCAGAUCAUCACUGGAGAGAUCCUUUUAGUACCAGAGCUCUCCUUUAUGACAGGAAUUCCUGAGAAAAUGAGGAAGGACCAAAGAGCCAUGAAGGACCUGACUAUGCACAUCAAUGUAAGCGGGGAGCAGCACCUCCACUCAAUUAAACAGCUUCUGAAGAACCUCCGCACCAACCCUGAGAGUCUGAAGGAGCUCAGCCGAUGGGGACUGGAGAUCGGCUCCGAAGUCCUUGUGAUUAAAGGCAGAACUCUGCCUGUUGAAACCAUCUGUCUGCAGUCUUCAUCCUUUGCCACAGGUGCUGAUGUAUGCUGGUCCAGAGAGAUUACCAGGGAUGCUUCUAUCAGCUCUAUCCCUCUGAAUAUCUGGACCAUCUUCUACCCUCGCCGCUGUGCAGAGCAGGUCAAAGAGCUGAUCGACACCUUUACCAAGGUGGCUAGGCCUAUGGGAAUGCAAGUGCAGCGGCCCAUUCUCGUGGAGCUGAGAGAUGAUCGCACAGAGACUUACGUCAAGAGCAUCCACUCUAUGCUCACCAGUGAGCCUAACAUGCAGCUCGUAGUGUGCAUCAUUGUUGGCAACAGAGAGGAUCUCUACAGUGCCAUCAAGAAGCUCUGCUGUGUGGAAAGUCCUGUCCCAUCACAGGUCAUCAAUGUGCAGACAAUUUGUCAGCAACAGAAGCUGAAGAACAUUGCCCAAAAGAUACUCCUACAGAUAAACAGCAAGUUAGGAGGGGAGCUGUGGACUGUCAGUAUCCCUCUGAAACACUUGAUGGUGGUUGGUGUUGAUGUCCAUCAUGACCCCAGCAAGAAGCAUCGGUCAGUCAUGGGCUUUGUUGCAAGUGUGAACAGCUCACUCACCCGCUGGUACUCCAGUGUAACUUUCCAGAUACCCACAGAGGAGCUGAUCAGUGGCUACAGAGCUUGCUUUCUGGCCGCACUGCAAAAGUACUACGAGGUGAACCACAACUUACCCGAGAAGAUUGUGGUGUAUCGGGACGGUGUGUCAGAUGGUCAGCUGAGGAUGGUGGAGCAGUACGAGAUCCCACAGCUGAUCAACUGCUUUGCGACUUUCCCCGGCUAUGAGCCCAAGCUGGUCUUCAUUGUGGUGCAGAAGCGCACCAACAUGACCUUUUAUUCCUGCACUGCAAGCAGCUUUGUCACACCUCCACCUGGAACUGUUCUUGAUCACACUCUCACUCAGAAAGACCGGGUGGACUUUUUUCUGAAGGCGCACCACAUUCGCCAGGGCUGCGCACUUCCUACCCACUACAUCUCUUUAUACAACACGGCAAACCUCACACCAGACCAUUUGCAAAGGCUGACUUUUAAGCUGUGUCAUUUGUACUGGAACUUCCCGGGUGCCAUUCGUGUUCCAGCGCCAUGCAAGUAUGCCCACAAGCUGGCUUACCUGUCGGGCCAGUACCUGCACUCAAAGCCGGCCAUCCAGCUGUCGGACAAGCUUUUCUUCCUUUGAGCUGCACUCGUUACUGCCACAAGCAUACAGCUCAGGUCAUAGCAAAACCAACUCUCACACCUUGAAAAAUUGUUUUUGUGGAUGUUACAUAUGUUAUAUGUUAUAUGUUACACAUAUUGUAUAACUGCAGUAAUUACAAUAUGUCUCGUAAUAGUAUUAGAACAUUUUGUAUUCCAUAGACCACUUUAAAAACAAAAAAAGUGAAGUGUUGAAAUAAGUACUUGCCUAAGUUUUGAGUUGUCAGUAUUUUGGAGUUUGUGUUCCUGUUCCUAUAAAUCUGUUCAUACACUUUGA